AUGGUUAACUUUCACCGCUUCACUAACUUCAACUACAGCUCCUCGUUGGAUCGCUUUAACGCCUGGCUUGCCAAUCAUGAAACUAAUGUCACUGUUAUCAACCACUUCAACUCCACCAGCCCUAUGCUGUUUAUCAGCGGUUCGCAAGUAAAGGUGGUGCAGGUAGAGCAGGCAGAUAACAACAGCGCUGACAACCAAGAUAAUGAGUUGGAUGAGAUUGAUAAGCGUAGAGUGGCAAAAAAUAGGAAGACUAAAAAAGAAGAUGAUGAUGAAGUUGAUGAUGAGGAAAGUGAAGCCCUGGUGUACCUCAGUGAGAAGGAGGGUGAAAUGGAGGGCGUCGACUGCGCCUACGGAGCCACCUUUCUGAUGACCGCUCAGGCGAGACGAGACACAGUGCUGAUCGGGGAGCGGCAGAGGCCGCCCAGUCUGCUCUGGACCGACUGGCGACUGCAAAGUACCGGCCAGAACAUCACUGAAACCUGUCGUCGAGCAACGUUAGCCAACUCAGCUGAGCUUGCCCACCAGCUGCCGCAAAAGUUCUACUUUGCCUAUGACUACAGCGAAUCUGCUAAAAAGCGGAAUUUUUCAUCACCGAAUAAAAUCUCGGGAAAGGGUGGAACGCCAGAAAUUGAAUUUCAAGAACCUCACUCCCCUUCAAAAUCACUCGUCAACAGCAAGGAGGGAACAAGCAAGCAAGUAACCCUCCUGCCGCAACUGGCCCUCUCCUACCUGAUCGCCUAUCGCACCACCCACGACCGGAACUACCGCGAGUUUGUCUGGGAGCACUUUCUCGCCCUGCAGGACUACAUUGCCUGCCAGGUGGAGGCCGGCACCGGACGGCUGCCCAACUUUCAGGCACUGGUUGAAGGCAGUAGUGGUUUGUCUGCAAAGGAACUGGCUUCCACCUUCUUCGGCCAGACGAUGCGCUACCUUUUCCUCGCUUUUGAAGAGGAGUGGACCUGGCCGCUCAGUCAGUACGUGAUCACCGCCUCGGGCAACCCGAUCAAAAUUCUGCCAAAGUCGAUUGAGUGA